AUGAGAUCCUAUCGGCCUUCAAAUUUAUUGAAAAGCUUGGCCCGGCCGGAUGAUAAAGUGGAGAGUAUUGAAUCGAAAAGGUGAAAAAAAAAUUCUUAGAAGCUUCUUGAUUUGAAAAAUAGGAUAACUAAACAAUUUUCGUUUCAAAUAAGCUUGGGAACGUGAAUUAGACCGGUUUUCACAUAUAGCUGAUUCACGGCUGACUUGAGCCAUCGAAAAAAGGGUCCUGACACGAUAAUGCGCGAGAUAGCGCCUGGCUUGUGGAGAGCGCAGACAGGAAACGCCCCCUUAGCGUCUCAAUCAGCUAUAACACUGCCAAAGUCGGGAGUGUGGAAAACGGGUCCAAAAUGGACGCUAGAAGGGUUCCGUUUUGCGGCCUUUAUUGAGCCUUUCUUUCUUGGUGGGCUAAAAAGAGUCGAAAAAGGGUGCUGAAAGUAUCGGGUAUUGAUGAUUUCCGAUGAUAUAACUGUAGCACAUUUUGGUUCAUACACAGUCACUGGUGAAGAUUAUUCUCAAUUUAAAAAAAUGUCUCAAAAGGGUCCAAAAAGGGUGGAUAAAGGCCGAUGAAAGGACGGAAAAAGGCAGUAAAAAGGAAACCGUUGGCACCCGUUUGGGAACAAUCUGAGAAGCUUUUGAUCCAUAACGGACGCUCAAAGGGUCCCUUAAGGGUCCUUCCGACUUUGCCUAAGGCCAAAAAAAGAAUUUUUUAAACUUUAAGCCUCGAAAAUUUGAGAAUUUUGCGGUCGAAUGAAAUUCCUAGUGAAAUAAAACUCCCUUGACGAGUAUCGAUAUGAAAUAAAGGUUCGAAUAGCUAUUAAAAAUAGAGUCGCUAAAAGUUCACGCAUCAGUGAAUUUUCCAGAUCACGACUAUUAUACCAAAGCAAGAAACGGGGAAUCCUCGAAAAUGACAUAAUUUUGGGCGAAUUCGCCGAGAAAUACCUCAAAACGAUGUCCCCACAGGAGCUCGAAUCGUAUCACAAGGUUUUUGAUCGUUUCAUCAUCGAAAAAAAAAAGAAAUUCAGCUUAUAAACGGAGAGCACAUGGAAUGGGACCUCUUCUACUUUCUUUCCGGUAGAAAAUCGCCGCCAGAAGAUGUCGCGAAAUGCUCCGUUUAUCAAAAAGUGAAGCAAUUUGUCGAUGACAAAAGAAAUGCUAGGAAUUGAUUCGGAAAAAUGUAUAUUUUAGUUAAAUUUCAUUCUUUGUACCAUUUCUCUUGCAUAAUUUCAUGCUAAUAAAGGUUUUUUUGUUGUUUUAACAUACUUUUUACUCAGAAAACGUGAAUUAUCGAAAUAUUUUCGAAAGAAAAACCGCGCCCUGAUGUUCACUUCUGUGCACCAGAUUGCGUAUUCGGUCACGCCCCUUUUUUUGAAAAUUUUUUUUGUGAACGCGUUUUGAAUGUUUUAAGAGAACUGAGGAUGUUUCUACCUUUCCGAGGGAUCACUGAAGGGACGUCAGACCUACUCUAGUCAUCACUCUAAAUUUAUAUACCGCUUCUCUGGUGUUCGCCUCGGAAGGAUGGAAAAGUUCUCUUGUUUUCGGAAUUUUAUUGUAAAAAUAUGUCAAAAAGCAAUUUCAGGAUGGUUUUCGACCCGAGGACGUUAGAUAAUGAUAAGGAUAUCAGUCAAUACCGUGAUCAGAGAUUCCAGGUGAUUCAUUUUUUAUUUUCAUGAUCUUGGUGUCGUUUUUUUCUUUUUCUAUGUAAACUUGUGGUGUUUUUAACGAUAGGAAGAGAAAUUUUUCAUCGAAAAGCGUCUUUUUUAUACUGAGAAGCUUUUAAAACAACAGAAUCUGCCUGUUCGGGGUCUUGUGAAGUUUAAUCUUUGAUUUUUUCAAGGCCACUUUUUAUUCUUCAUAAAAUUCCGUUUUAGUAACAAAGUAGUUCUAGCUUAAACUUGAAAACGGAAAAAAGCUUGAAAUUCAAUUUUUAGAAGUCAUAUUGUGUUGUUCUAUGUUUCUGUGUGAAAUGAAUAUUCAAAUUAUCCGUUUUGAUAUAAAAUUUAGCGAUUUUUCUUUUUCAGGGAUCCAUGAGAGAUCAAGAAGUCGCCUUGCGAACCUCGACCACGCUUUAUAUUGGAAACUUGUCUUAUUAUACGAAAGAGGAUCAGGUUUUGCUUAUUUCCUUUGUUUUAAAUAUAAUAAAUGAAUUUUUGAAGGUAUAUGAAUUAUUCGGCCGUGCGGGCGAUGUUCGGCGUGUCAUUAUGGGCCUGGAUCGGUUUAAGAAAACCCCUUGCGGUUUUUGUUUUGUUGAGUAAGUUAAUAUUACUAUUAUUUUGAUGAUUUUUGUUGUAUAUGGUUCAUUCUAAUGACGAAAAUUGCAUUUUAUUAAGGUGAAAGUGUUUGGAAAUCGACAAAAAAGUUAGUUUUUUGGAGAAUUUUGGGCCGCUGGACGAAAAAUGACUAUUUAUUUAGGCUUCUUUGACUUUUCCACUUGUUUUCUAUGUAAGCCUGUUCAGGACAGUAGUAUUAAGGAAGUUUUUAAAGGUUUUUCGGUUGAAAAAUUGAAUUUUUUGAACUUUUCGUGACGUGACUCAUCUUGUUAUCUUGAGAGAAAAGGUUAAAUUUAGAUUUCAAAAAGUUUUUUUGGCUCCAAAACUGACGGCAGAGGUUGUUUCUAAAGGUUUUUCCGGCUGUAAAAUUGAAAUUUUUUGACUUUAUCGAGACGUGACUCAUCUUGUUACCGCAAGAAAAGAAAUUCAAAAAAAUUUAAAAAAAUUUAAAAACUUUCUGGCUGCGAAACUAACGGCGUAUUUAGUUUGUAAAGGUUUGUCGGUUGGAAAAUGGGAAUUUGUGAAUUUUUUUGUAAAGUAACGCAUUUUGCUAUCUUGUGAGAAAGGCCCUUAACAAAAAGAAUUUCUAAAAAAAUUUUUAAAUUUCCCUGCCUCAGAAACUAACGGCGUACUUCGUUUGUAAAAGGUUUUUCCGGUUGUAAAAUUGAAAUUUGUAAACUUUUUGUGACCUGACUUUUGAUGCCUUGAGAGAAAGAUCCUGAACAAAUUUUUGAGAAAUUUUUAAAAAAAUUUGAAAAUUUCCUGGCUGCAAAAUUGAAGGCGCAAUAUUGACCGUCCGCCCGAGCAGCGUCAAAAAAUGCGUGGAUUUAAGUUAAAAGAAAAUUAAAAAGUCAAUUUUUCGCUCAAAAUUUGUACAUUUUUUCGUUAUUUCUGUGAUUUUUUGGACCUGAGUAAGCGUUUUUUUUCCAGAUAUUACACCCGGGAGGACGCUGAAGUGGCCCUGCAAUGCAUCACCAAUACCCGGCUCGAUGAUCGGAUUAUUCGUUGUGAUUGGGACGCCGGAUUCCUCGAAGGACGACAAUAUGGCCGUGGAAAGCAUGGAGGGCAGGUGGGGAAAAAGAAAACCUAUAUAAGUUUCAGAAAUUGUUCAAGAAAACCUUAUAACUUUGGAAAUACAUCGAAAUCCAGCUUCAAAAUUAGUAUUUUUAAUAGAAUUUCAGAGAAAUUAUUCUUGUAGUUCUCAAUUGAUUUAUUGUUUCUUGAGAGCCAUCCUUUUCAAUAUUCAAAAAACUAUUUUUGGAGCGUCAGCCCAUUUUUCCUGAAUUUCAAGGUUUUCCGAUAAAUUCAGCUUUUAAAGGCGCAGGGUUGAACUGAAAAUCAAUCUUUACAGGAUCAAAAAAUCGAGUUUUGUGUAGAUUUUUUAAAGCUAUGCCUUGUCCCUUUAAAAACAUGUGUAUGGUCCAAAUAAUAUCUUCAAAAAAACGGAAACUUAAAGACGUAGUCUUUUGAACGACCUUUUCUAUAGCCCAUUCCGCGACAGCUUGUCACGUUUUUAUUUCCGCUAAAAAAGACCGAAUUCAAGAUGAAUAUUGAGCAUCUUCGCUUCAAGACCUUUUUUUGCUGUACUUUUAUCAAUUUUGUAGUGCGAAAGUUGUUAUUUACGGUUCUUUUUUCUUUUCUGUUCUUUUUAAACGUGACCGUGGAACGCCCUAUAAAUAUCCCUGUGCUGAUUUUUGAACGAACUGUAGCUUUUUCAACUUUUUCUGACUAGUUUUAAAAUUUAAAUUGAGCAUUUUGAACGGUAAUUUUAAGCAUAGUUGGGUGAGUUUCACCGGGAAAAAGUUCUAGUGGCCACUUUAGGGUUUUGAUAUUCUAGUGGUCACUAUAGUAGUCGAACUAGUGGCUAAAAAUUAGUGGCCUAUUUAAAAAUCUAGGUGUACUACUAGUUCACUAAAACUACUAUAGUGGCUUCUAUAGUAGUGGGUUUAGUGGCCACUAUAGGGUUUUGACGUAUUAGUGGCCACUGUAGUAGUCAAAUUAGUGACCACUUAAGGGGUUAAAAAUUAGUGGCCACUAUAGAGAUCUAAGUGCUACUACUAGACCACUAAACAGUUUAGUGGCCACUUUAGGGGGCAAUGGAUCAUCGUAACUGGUCCAAUCUGUUUUUUUUUUAAUUAUCAGAGUUACUGGAAGGAAUACUGGAUGAAAAACUACAGAAAUGGCCACUAAAUAGGGAACCUCUAUUGUGGCCACUGAGACGAAAAAGAACGGCUUAUAUAGAAGUGGAUUCAGUGGCCACUUAAGCGUCCUCUCCAAGUAGUUCCUGAGGAAUCUCUCAAGUGGCCACUAGAAAUUUUAAGUCGUGAAAUCAAGCCAGAUUGCCCGGGAGUUUCAAUUAAUCAUUUUUAGGUCCGUGACGAAUAUCGCAAGGACUUCGACCCGGAGCGAGGCGGCUGGAACCGAAUGAUUGCUGGAAGAGGUUGGAAAUUUUCGUUUCGAGACCCUUUUCAUUCAAAAAAGCUCACUUUUCCAGCCGAAGCGAAUCCGAUGGGAGCUCAAUAA